UCAAACUUAGAAAUACAAAUAUACUCCAUUCAUCACAAGAAAAUAAAAAUUUGUCUCAAAACAAAAGACAACAAUGAGUAUUGAAGUGAAGGAAUCCAUGAUGGUAACCCCAUCAAAGGAGACUCCCAAAGGGAGGCUUUGGCUAUCAAAACUAGACAUGAUUAUUCGCACUCCUUACUCUCAUACUCAAGUUCUUUUCGUCUACCAUCAUCCAAACACAAAAACCAAUUUUUUUGACACAAAAACAAUGAAAGAAGCUCUUAGUGAAGCUUUAGUCUAUUUUUAUCCAAUGGCCGGAAGACUAACAUUUAACGACGAAAACGGUCGUUAUGAAAUCGAUUGUAACGCUGAAGGGGCAAUGUUUGUCGUGGCCGAAGCCUCGCAAACACUUGCGGAAUUCGGCAAGGAUUACUCGAACCCUGAGUCGCAACUUGGAAAGCUGAUGUUCCCGAGUUGCGACUAUUCGAAAGGGUUGUCAUCGUUCCCUUUGUUGUUAGUUCAACUUACUAGGUUUAAGUGUGGGAGUGUAUGUCUUGGGUUUGCACAACAUCACCAUGUUGCGGAUGGGGUUUCUCAUUUACAUUUUAUAAAAUCAUGGGGAAGGCUUGUUAGAGGACUUGAGCUUGAUGUUGUUCCGGUUCAUGAUAGGCUUUCUUAUCUUGCACCACGUGAUCCUCCUAAAGUUACUUUUCAUCAUUUGGAGUAUGAGCCCCCUUUGCCUCCAACUUCUUUUUCAGGUCCAAUGGGAACACCAAUUGAGGGCACCUUCAAACUGACAAAAUCCCAAGUAAAUGCAUUAAAAGAAGAAGCAAUGAAAUCAGUCGAAAAAUCAACAAAUUACAAGCUAAGUACAUUCGUGGUUCAAGCUGCACACAUAUGGCGGUGCGCAACCAAAGCUCGUGGAUUAGCCGACGAUGAAGAUGUGAAGCUUCUCAUCACCGUCGAUGGCAGAUCACGAUUGAAAACACUACCAGACGGUUACUGUGGAAACGUAUAUUUUCUCGCCGCUUGCUUAGACAAAGCAGGAAAUGUCUCCAACAAUUCAUUGUCAUAUUCUGCGAUCAAGAUUUACGAAACACUUAAAAGGAUGAACGAUACAGAGUACAUGAAAUCGGCGAUUGAUUAUGUUGAAUCGUAUCCAGAUCUUAAAGGUCUUCUUCGAGGUCCGGCGACUACUGUGUGUCCGAAUUUGAGGAUUAAUUCUUGGGUAAGGCUUCCGACUCAUGAAGCUGAUUUUGGAUGGGGAAAACCUAAUUUUGUCGGUGCAAUUGGGAUUAAAUGUGAAGGACAAACCAAAAUUAUGCAAAAUGCUGAUGAGGAUGGUAGUGUUUUGGUUGCUAUUAAACUGUUUCCAUCACAUAUGGAACUUUUUAAGAAGUAUUUGUAUAACUUCUAAUGAUUUUUCCAACUAAACCUGCAUGGUUUAUACUUCCUUUCGUAUUAUUUGAAUUAAGAAUUUGACAUUAUCAUAAAGAAUUAUGAAUUGGGGUUUGUUUUGUUUAGGCUUUUGUUGAAGUGGGAGUGUUACCAAUUACCAUUCAUUGUGGCUUAUUUUUGUAAUCGAGCUCAAGAGGCUUCUAGUCAUGUGUACGUGUUAUUUGCAUUGAUUUUUAAUCUUCAAUCUUUCAAUAAAACAAAA